CAGAACGCCGCGCGGAGCGCACGUCGACCGUCCCACGCUCCUAAAUACAGUGUAUUUUUGCAAAUACUGUGUGAAAUAUUAACUCGAUUAUCGUAUAACAGUGUUAAGGAUACACCAUUGUGGAUUUCAUCUCAUGGUAGUGUCACAGUGAAAUGAGUGAAAGUAUACAGUGAAGUGACAAUAAUAGUGAUGGCAGUGAACAGUCCCGGUGGAUACCCGCCCGUCUCCCCCAAGCCCCACACCCCAAAGAGUCCCAGACACUUCAUAUUUCCCCAGAAAAGUCCUUCAAUCGCCUCCAGCACCUCUUCUUCAGGGUACUACACCCCCCAAUCUGGCUGCAGCUACGACAAACACCACCAACCGCCUAAGUCGCCCAUUGCCCAUGGACACAGAAGCCCAAUCAGUCCAAGGCACUUCAAUUUCCCCCAAAACCCCUCAGGGCAAUCCAGCCCUUGCAACUUCGACCGCAGUCACGGCCUGCACUACUCCGCAUCAUUAAAACACAGUCGCCGAGAGAAAUCCAGGUCUCCCAAGCCGCCCCCGGUUCACAUCCACACGAACCCUGGCUAUGUCUCCCCGAACCGCACCAGAAAGUUAUACGGCUCUACUUCCACAGCGAGCUCGCCAAGAAUGGUGACCUCUCCGAGUAUAGUUUCUAGUCACACUGAUGAUUCGAUGGAUGCCAUGCCUGGUACUCCAUCAGCUAUAGUGCACGACGCUGACGAUGAGGCGACGACGACAUCAUCACGCAUUUGUCGGAAAUCCACAUCAGAUUUAACUGAUCUAACUGAUGACACGCCUCACACUAGAUCUACCAGCAUUAGUAGACCGUGUUCUCCGAUGCGUCGAGGGUCUAUGAAGGGUGGUCUUGCGUACUUGGCCAGUAGAAGAGGCUCGCGGGAGUCCACGAUGUCGAACUGCGACUCCGUAGAAGACAUAGGCCCGUUGAAUUUUCAGAACACGAUGCGUGGAAGGCAAAGGAGGACGUCGAAUUUUCUGGAAUUACCAGUGGUGGAGCACUCCAGGCCUCGCGUCUGCUCCCUGCCGGAGAAGCCGUACAACCCUCGACUGUCAGACGACCUGUACCGACUGAGGACCUUCUCCAUCACCACCAAAGGAGGCGUGGUGAACUGCGGCGACUCCAUUUGCAACAGAAGAAGUCGCUCCAAUACGUCUGUCAAUUCAACUAAUAGCAGGGCCUCGGACCGGUCUCCUUUCGACGGGUCCUGUUGUUCAGGGUACCGGCCAGUGGACUCCGCGAGCCUCACCACCCCUGAUGAGGACGACAUGGAACCCGUAAGUUUUAAGAUACCAAAAUACAGGGUGGUGUUGUUAGGAGACGCGGGCGUCGGUAAAACAGCAUUAGUAUCACAGUUCAUGACUUCGGAGUAUAUGAACACUUACGACGCCAGUCUUGAUGACGAGUUUGGCGAGAAGUCAGUGUCGGUACUGCUGGACGGAGAAGAGUCUGAACUCAUAUUCAUAGACCACCCCAGCACUGAAAUGUCGGUGGAAAACUGUCUCUCAACAUACGAGCCCCACGCGUGUGUGGUGGUCUACUCCGUCGUUGCCAAGAGUUCGUUCACCAGGGCUGCUGAGCUGCUAUCUUAUUUAGCAAGGGAACAGUUCACAGCUGAGAGGACUGUGGUCUUAGUGGGCAAUAAGGCAGACUUAGCUAGGGCGCGGCAAGUGUCUACAAAUGAGGGCAAGGCUCUAGCGACAAGCAAAGACUGCAAGUUCAUAGAAACAUCAUCGGGCAUCCAGCACAACGUGGAUGAACUGCUAGUGGGCAUCCUGAAGCAGAUCCGCCUGAAGGAGAGCCGAGAGAAGAAACAGGCGAAGAAAGUCGGCAAACAGGUGGGCAAAGAAUCAAAACCAACAAAACUGGCCAGUUCUCGAACCCAUAUUUCACUGAGCAUCGCACGUGAACUCCUUCAGAAGAUCUGCAUCAAUGACAUCUCAAAAUCCAAGUCGUGCGAGAACCUACACGUCUUGUAAACAUAUGAUAUCCUGGUACUUUCCUUUCGAGACGUAGGUACUUAUAUCACUUUUUUAUUUAACGUAAGAUUUUUCUACUUAGUAUAAGUUUUUAUCUAUUUUAUAAUGUUUAGAUGAUUUACAAUAUUUUAGUUAUAUUUACAAUAAAGUAAAUAAUUUUCGAACUAACACUUUAUUUUUAUACAAUCUGAAGUCCAUUUUAUAGACUAUUUUGUCACCUAUUUUUUUUAUACCUAGUCAAAGUUUAGAAGUGAUCCCUCAAUUUUGUACUUCUUAGGUACUAGUUAAAAUCACUGUCCACUAUAUCAAAAUUCGUAGGAAUAUUAAUUACUGUAACUAUUAUUUAUCUCGGCAUGAAUAAUUUAGACACAGGAAUAACUUUCCUUAUUUAUGUUUUAUCAGAAACUCGAUGCACAAACUAUAAAAACAAAUUGGCUAAGUACUACUUUACCUUUUAUAUAUUUUUAUUACGUUAUAACAAAUAUUUAUAUUUUCUUAACUUCUGUUUUUGUUAAUAAUUAUUGUUUCCUUACUUUUGAUUAUCCGAAAAAAAAAGAUAUUUUCUGUUUUAUUUCAUUUUUACACCCAAAUAAAUGCUACAAAAAAUUAAAAAAAGAUGUAAGUAAUUAUGUAAAAUGUAUACGAUUUUUCAUUUCAAAAACGAUUUUUUAAUAGCAUUCGAGUCUGUAUUGUUUCUUUGAACAUUGACUGCUAUUGUUUACCUUUCAAUUUGGACGUGGCGGCCUUGGUGUCUCACUAAUGAAAUGGUUUAUUGAUUAUGAAAAUUUUAAUGGAUUCCCGAAAUGGAUCACCUACAAGCUAGAAAGCAUGGAUUUUAUUAUAAAAUUUGAUCUAGUGCGUUGUUAAGAAAUACUGUUUUCUGAUCAAUAUAAUAUAUUAUCAUAUACAUAGAUUGAUAUAUUUUACUUUUGCAGCAUCAUAAGGGAUGAUUCUCAUUAGAACGGGUUAUGCACACGGGAAAGGUCAUGUAAGAGACGACAAGUUCGUACACUUGCUAUAUGUUCAUUUAAGUAAUUUAUAUUACGUCAACCAAUGUUGUGAAACCAGAAGAUAUUACAAUUAUUAAUUGAUAUGAAGUAUCUCAUAAUAAUGAAUAAAAUUUUAGAAUUUAGAUUUUUUUUAAAUUUGCCGUUCCGCUUUUUGAAACCACAGUUUCACACCACUGUUGUUUGAAAACAGCGAACACUUGUUGUAAUGAUAUUGUGCAACAGUCCCUGUUCUAAUGAGAAUCGACCUUAAACGGUAGAAAAAUUAUUAUACAGUAUAAAAUCAUUUACAGAUGAUGAUUUUAAGUGUUUUUGUUAAUUAUUAUGAACUACAAUAUUUCUUUAUUCUUUCUUGUUUAUGAAAUGAAUAACAAUAGUAAUAUAAUAACAUAUUAUAUUUUCUUAAUUUAAGUAUAAUUUAUUCAAAUAAAUAAUUUCUUACUUAUUUUUAAACUAAGUAGGUAAUUAAGACCAUUUAAAGUAGUAAAAUAAAUGUAUGUCAGUAUUAUCUAAGGUUGAAUUACAAAUAAUACGCUUGUUAGUGUUAAAAUAACACUGAGGAUACGUUCGUGUGUGUAAACAAUUUUGACGUUUGAUAUACAUGUGUUAAACACGCUUGUUUCCUAUACGCUCCCUUAGAAAUAUCGAAAAAAUCUUUUAUAUUAAACUAAAUACCCAAUUGUUAAGUAAUUGAUGGGGUCUAUUAGCGAAAUUGGAUCAGAUCUGUCGAUCGGAACCAUAUCUUAACCGAAGAAGUAGAGAGACAUAGGGAAGCCAUUUUUUUUCUCAUCAAAUUGUUUGGAAAGUCGUCCACGGUUCAGUGAUUUCGACUGUAAAAUUAAAAAGAUGACUUAUUUUAUACAGUGCAUGAUCUGUCCCGCCCGAGCUUGGCUCACUCUGAUAGAACAUACAUACAUACAUAUAGUCACGUCUAUAUCCCUUACGGGGUAGACAGAGCCAAUAGUCCCGAAAAGACUGAAUGGCCACAUUCAGCUGCUCGGCGUAAUGAUGGAAUUGAGAUCCAAUUAGUGACAGGUUGCAAGCCCAUCCCCUAAAAAAAUGGAUCGCAAUUUUAUAAGCCUAUCCCUUAGUCGCCUUUUACGACAUCCAUGGGAAAGAGAUGGAGUGGUCCUAUUUUUUUUUGUAUUGGUGCCGGGAACCACACGGCACUCUGUUAGAAUCAUCCCCGAAACGUCGACAGAAUGUAUCCUCGUGUAUACGUGUGUAUAGUAUUGUACAUCUGAGUGUUACUAUUAAAUAACUAACUAUAUUUUUCUAAAUGAAACUUUCUUAGACUUUAUAGAAAAGUUGUAUUUCAUAUUUAGAUAAAUUGCUACCUUAAAAAUGUGACAUAAUAAACUUAUCUUUAAAUUAAUGCCACUGUAUCUGACGGUUCAAAAACUAUGUUAGUUCAAUAUAAUGUUAUUC